GCGCCAUUUCAAGAGUGCGCGCUGCACGGAGAACAAGAAAGCCAUCGCUGGGGGAACGCAUUUCGGUCGUUUAAUCGGUGUCGCCGAAUCAAUAAAACAUCAUUCUGGGAAUAUCUAAAGAAAAAUUACGGAGAUUCCCCCCCGUCGUCGAGUUCGGAGAUUUUCUUUGCUGUUGAAUGCGGAGCUGAGGUGAACGAUGACUCAGUUUCUGCCCCCGAACCUGCUGGCCCUGUUUGCCCCGCGGGAUCCGAUCCCGUUCCUGCCACAGCUGGAGAAACUUCCCCAUGAGAAGCAUCACAACCAGCCAUACUCCGGCAUUGCUCCUUUCAUCAAGCACUUUGAGGAUCCUCGAGAUGCUCCUCCACCAACAAGAGCUGAGACGCGAGAGGAGAGACUGGAAAGAAAGAGGCGCGAAAAGAUGGAGAGGAGGCAAACGGUCGUAGAAACCGAGCUGAAGUUGUGGGAUCCUCACAACGACCCGAACGCACAAGGAGACGCUUUCAAGACCUUAUUCGUGGCUCGGAUUAAUUACGAUACGACUGAGUCCAAACUGCGGCGUGAGUUUGAGGUCUACGGCCCCAUCAAACGAAUCUACAUCGUAUACAACAAGAGGACUGGAAAGCCACGCGGCUACGCUUUCAUCGAGUACGAACACGAGCGGGACAUGCAUUCGGCCUACAAGCAUGCGGACGGCAAAAAGAUUGACGGGCGCAGAGUUCUUGUUGAUGUAGAGAGAGGCCGUACCGUGAAGGGAUGGCACCCUCGUCGGCUGGGUGGAGGUCUGGGUGGUACUAGGAGAGGUGGAGCAGAUGUUAACAUCAAACAUUCUGGUAGAGAUGACACCUCCCGCUAUGAUGACCGACCUAUUGGAAGCGAUAGGGAUCGUGAGCGCGGAGAACGGCGAGAGCGGAGUGAGCGGAGCGAGCGGAGCCGCGAACCCGACAGAGAAAAGGAGCGUGGCGAGCGGCGGCGAUCACGCUCACGGGAGAGGCGACGACGCACCCGAUCACGUGAGCGUGAAAGGGCACUUGGGGGAGGUGGGGAAGAGGGUGCCGGCCGGCGCAGGGAACGAGAGAGGGAGAGAGGUGGAGGUGGUGGAGGUGGAGGUGGUGGUGGUGGUGGAGGAGACGCAGACGCCAAGCCACGUGAAAGAAGCCGAGAGCGUGACCGGGACCGAGAACGCAAAAGAAGGAGCAGGAGCAGGGAGAGGAGGAGGGACAGGGAGCGAGGGAAGGGUGCGGAGGGAGGUGAAGAGGGCGCAGGCGGUCUGACUGACGGCAUGAUGGGAGAAGGAGGAGAGCGAGGGAUGGACGAGUCUGCCUUGGGUGAGCAGGGUCGAGGAGAUGAGGGAGGACCAGAGGGAGAAGAGCGAAGCAGAGAUAGAGACAGAGAGAGGGACAGGGACCGGGACAGGAAGCGUAGUCACCGAGAUAAAGAUAGAGACCGGGACAGAGAAAGGAGGCGGGACAGAGACCGAGACCGAGAUCGCGAGCACAAGCGAGACAGGGGUGAUCGCGAGCGUAGAGAGGAUCGACACGGCACUCUACUUCCCUCUAUGGGUGAGAACGAAGGCUUGGGGAACGGAGAAGAAGGGGACAGCUCUCUCCCGCCGCAGCCGGAGGAAGGUUCACAGGAUGGAAUGAAUGCGAUGAUGGACCAGGACUCCAUGCAGUCUGGAGAUGGCUAUGCUUCUAACGAAAACGGCUACAAGAUGGAGGCCCAGGGUGAUGAGUAUUAAACACUUUGGGUGCUGCAGAAAUGAAUGGAAAAAUGAUAAUUCCCUCUGACCGUUUCUAUCCAAGUGGUAAGGAGUUAGUCCGAGUGUCUGUUCAGUCAGCUUUCUCAGAGCAUGAUCUGUCCACCAUGAGCCGUAUCCUCUGGGUGGAAAUAGGAAUAACUGAACUGUGAUUGAUUUUAUAUAUAUAUAUAUAUAUAUAUAUAUAUAUAUAUAUAUAUAUAUAUAUAUAUAUAUAUAUAUAUAUAUAUAUAUAUAUAUAUAUAUAUAUAUAUAAAUUUUUUUUUUUUUUUUGGUGCCACCAAAUAGUUUUGGCAAGGAUUAACUAAAAGUGGUGCAUUGAUGGACUCCUGUAUUAGUUUAACCCUUCAACUGUUGUGCUGUAUUCUUUUUGUAAGAACAUCACUGCAGUAUAAAAUUGUUAUGAUUACAGAGAGUCAUACCGAGUUCCAGAGUUGUCCGUUUUUCUUUAUUAAUCACUUUGAGGUAAGGUGUUUUUUGUUUUGUUAUGGUUUGUUUUUUUUGUUUUUUGUUUUUUUAAAUAAAGGUAGUUGAUUUUUGAAAGGUAUCUCAAGUGAAAUGUUUUCUGAAGCUUCAUCAUGUACAGCUCUGUUCUGAUUUUCCACUUUGUGGAUCAUAAUCAGUGGUGGGGGGGGUAAAUUUGUGCUUUUAGCUGAAAAUGUUGCCAUAGGUUCACAACAGGUUGCUCUUAUUCUUUUGUAAUUAGUCUUUUGUUUGAAAAGAUACUUGGUGAACCACCUCUUCUAAGUGACAUUUGUGUUGGGGUUCUGUUUAGUGUAUCGGUUCUCUUUAAUAAAUGCGCUUUUUUUUUUUAAUGAAAA